GCUGCAUGCCUCCAGAUGAGUCAAAAUAUUUCAAUAAAAUCAAACUUGAGAAAUAUGUACUGCGAUUUUAGGAAACGUAAAAUGAUUACAGAUUCAAGUAAUAUUUUACAUGUUAUGUGCAGUUAAUGACUGAUUUUUUAGUAUUUACGACUAUAUUUCUACUGCAUUACUUACGCAGUAAGGGUUAUUUAUGCAUAUUUUGACCACUUUUUUUGCAGUUUGUAGUUAUAUCAUCGAAACUAAUUUCCUCUGAAUUACCUUAAUACCAUAAAAAAAAUCUUUAAUAAUUUUUUAAUUAAUGAAAUAUACAACAAUUAUAUAGCUUGGGGGUUCUACAACAAGAAAGGCCUGUUGACACUAAUUUGAUUAAACUACGGCGUUGUUAUAUACAACUAAUUAUCUGGUGACAAUACACUAACGUUGUUGUUUUAACAGGUUAGACAUGCCACACACUUGAGUUAUUAGUGCUACUGUCCACUGCAUGUAUAUAAUAUGUACUUUUGCAAUUGAUCAUUUAUAACUACAGUUAUCCGUACCAAAAAAAAGGGGAAAAAAAUAGAUAGAAAAAAUAUACAGAUAUUUGGAAGAAAAUAAUAUUUCUAAAAAUGUCAUUUGCAGUAUUUGGAGACAGUUAUGUUUCUAGACUGGAACACUUCACCAUCAGCAAAGGCGAUCUUAAUUUGAACACAAAAUGCAAGUUCUAUGGUGUUCCUGGCAUGGGUACUACGUACAAGUUCGAAUCAACUUUCAACAGAUUGUGUCAUGACAGACCAAAAGCAGUUUUCAUCAUUCUUGGUGGUAACAGUAUAACAACGAAAACAACACCAAAUACAAUCUUUGAAGAGCUGAAACGAGCCGUGGAACUACUAAAAAUGCAUGGCACUGAGCGAGUGUUCGUGUGUGGUAUUGUCACGAGGGGUAACUUUCGAGAGUGUGGUAUGGACAAAAGAACGUUUGAUAAGAUGCGAAAAUCAAUAAAUGAAAAACUGAAAAAGUUCAUGAAAAGUGAUUAUGUAGAUCUUGGAAGAUUCGUCAAAUAUCCAACACACUACGAUAAUCACAAAGUUCAUCCGUCACAAAGUGGACUAUUAAAGAUAAGAUCUUGCGUAGAGUGUGCUUUCAGAACGGUGUGAUUGACUUUCAUAUGUUUACUUUUAAAUGCUAUAUAUAACAAUAAAUGUAAAUCGGA